CGUCCCUCACAGCCCAUAGCUCCUCCCAGUGUUUACCCUGAGCCGGCGCGGUGAAUUGUGGGUGUACAUGCCAUGGAGACGGAGAAGCCUCUGGGUCUCCGCGCUGCUUUAUGUGGGACUGUGGGACUGUGCUGUGCGGUGCUGCUGGCUGGAUUCUGCGGCCCUGGUUCCGUGCACAGCCAUUCGAUUCCUUUACAGCUGCCACGUGAUUGCGGAAUCCAACAAUAUUAUGACCCAACCAACCUCUCGUGUGUGCAGUGCCCGGACUUCCAGAGACCCAGCCAUUGGGGUACUUCAUGCAUAUGCCUGCCAGGCUACAGACGCAACUCCACAGGCGACUGCGAGAGGUGCCCCACGAGUCUGGGUGUGACAACAGACGGCUGGAGUUGUAUAAAAUGCCCCAGUGGGCUGAAUUCAAAUGGAAACUGCCACUGUCCUCCAGGAAGAAUUAUGGUGGAAAGAGAUGUCAAUGGCUCCUUACUGUCAGAAGCAGAAUGCAUUGACUGUGAUGGGACUGAACCUUCCUUCACUGCUCCCAACACCUUAGAAAAUAGGUGUGAACGGUGCCAUCACACGGUUAUCAACAGGAGUAACUCUUGCAGCUGUAACCAGCCAAAUAUUAUGACUGGAGGCAUAUGCUACAAUGCAGAAGGAAGCUUCCUGUCCAAUGCACUUCUGAAUGUUCGUUACAGCCAGCUGGGUUUGAUAUUGAGAUCAGAAUGGUUUUCCAUGCAUUUGCAAGCAUCGGCUGCGGCUUGCCUGACUUACAGUAAUCAAACAUCGUGCCAAGCUCUGGGGAACAUGUGUGUCAUGAACAUGCAUUCUACAAGUACUUCUAGUGCUGAUGCCUGUGGUCUGUUCCAGUACAUAUUUACAAGCACAGUAGGUCUAGGAGUUGUCCAUUCCCUUUCAUACUGGCGGACAAAUCUGCCAUGGCUCUUCUAUGGUGACCAACCUGGGCUGGCUUCCAGGACUCUUGUAUCCUCCCCAGUUCCCACAAGUUAUACGUUUAAAGAAAGUGAGGAGGUAGAAAAUACAAAACUGCAGUUUCUAGCAGCUGUGUAUGACAUUCAAGGGAACUUUAUAAAGUGGCAGUCAUUGGCUGGAGGAUUACUGCAGUUGUGUCCUGACACCAUGGCCAAGUUAGAUGCUGCAUUCAGUUUUGGAACAACUUAUCAACAUGACUGUGGAAUUAGUGUUUCUAAGCUCCUACACGACCAUCCCGAGCCUGUGUUCUAUGAUGUGUAUCUGGUCUACCCAGGGAAUGAGGGGCAGCAGAAUCUCCUGCCUGUACCUGUCCUGAACCUUAACCUCCAGUACCAUGAAAUGUUUGUUAACCAAGGAGACAACAUCAACAACUGGCUCUUGACUCGCCGAAUUUUCUUAGUGGAUACUGUUAGUGGCCGGGAAAAUUCUCUGGCCGAUCCUCCAAGGCUCAUUAGAGUUGCUAGCAAAAUCACAAUCAGCAUUAGACUUGUGCCUGACACUUACAAGGGGAUAAUUUACCCACCCCUGAUGACUGUGGAAUAUGCAGAUGUACAGCUGCAAAAUCCAGAGUCCCAAAUUGUAAAGGUUUCCUUUUCAGUAAAUUAUGAAAUGAGACUAUUGGACUCGAUGAAAAAAACUGACGUGGCGAUUGGGGUACUAGGGGGACUGGCUGUGCUUUGGUCUCUUCUGAAAACUGCAGCUUGGAAGAGAAGAAUUGGAAGCUCAUUUAUUGACUUGCAGACUGUGAUUCACUUUCUUAUAUUCUAUGCUGGGGCCUUGGCAGAUGUGUUUUUUCUCGUGACAUUUGGAACUGGACUUUAUUGGCUCAUUUUAUUUAAAGGGCAGCGGUAUGUUUCUGUUCUGUUACCAGUAUCUGAAGAAGAAUAUAACUUUGUUUCUUACGUCUGGUGUGCAUUUGCUCUAAAGGCUCUGCAGUUCCUGCACAAAAUUCUGUUACAGCUUUCAAUAGACAUCUUUUUCAUUGACUGGGAAAGGCCCAAGGCACGAACUCAACAUUCUGAAGGCAAGACAAAGAACAGUGGUGCACCUGUGAGCAUCUGGAGGAGUUACUUCAUAGCAAACGAAUGGAAUGAAAUUCAGACAGUGCGGAAAAUAAGUCCCAUCUUUCAAGUUUUGGCGGUUCUCUUCUUUUUAGAGAUCGUUGGAUUUAAACACCUGGCACUAAUGGAUCCAUCUUCUAGUCUUUCAAGAAAUGCACAGGAUUACAUGGCUCCCUGGAGCCGCAUUUUAAGAUACGGUGUGUCAACUGCGCUUUGGCUGGCUAUUGGCUGCUUGCAGGUCCUCUUCUUCUCUGCAUUUUAUGAAAGAUACGUGGAGGACAAAAUAAGACAGUUUGUUGAUUUAUGUUCGAUGAGUAAUAUAUCUCUGUUUAUUUUGAGCCACCGCUGCUAUGGAUAUUACAUUCAUGGUCGCUCUGUGCAUGGACAAGCAGAUACCAACAUGGAGGAAAUGAAUCUAAAUUUAAAGAGGGAGGCGGAAAACCUGUGCAGUCAAAGAGGAUUACAACCAAACUCAGAUAUUCAGACUUUUCAGAUUUCUAUUUCAUCUAGAGCAAGAACACAUUUUGACCAAAUCCAGGACAGUUUAACAAAGAGCCAUGGUCCCUCUAGACUAUUCCACUCAUCUCUCUCCACUUCUGACCUGAAUACCAGAGCCUACAAUAGCAUGAAUAAAUUCCUUAGUUCUUUUAUUGACCAUGCUUUUAAAGAAGUGGAUUACUUUGUGAAAGACAAAAUGCUUUUAGAAAGGCUGCUGAACAUGGAGUUCAUGGAACCAAUGGAUAAAAGCAUCUUUUAUAAUGAUGAAAAUCAUUCCUUCACCGAUGUCCUUUUUUAUGGAAACGAAUCGACUCUCCUCAUAUUUGAUACCUUAUUCUUCUGCGUUGUUGACGUUGCUUCACAAAACUUUGUUCUGGCUGCCGUCCUCACUUACCUACAGCAAGAGUUAUUCCGGCUGUUCCGUAAUGCGGUGGGGAAGAAGAACUUGGCUUCCAAAACCCUGAUUGAUGAAAGGUUCCUUAUCUGAGAAAAAAGAAAUGUGUUUCAAAAGCUCAACUGGGACAUUCCAAAGGCAGUAUUUUUUUUUAUAUGAAUUUAAAGAUAUUUUUGUAUCUUUUCAACUGGAUAAGAGUAUCUUAGUUCCAGAAAGUGGGCAUGUCAAGCUUUUUAGUCCAAAAUGAUAGUCGCGGACUCCACCGGAUGAAGUUAAAUACACGUGCGAACCAAUAUGUUAAAAUAAAUCCAUCUUUAUUGUGUAAUAUUUAAAAAUAGUGGGCAGGGGAUGAUUUACUCGCUGAAUUGACUUUAUCGUCACGAAACGCGUCGAGCAAAUCAUCCCCUGACUAUCCGUCGACUAUCAUUUUGUACUAUUUGUU